AUGAAGUGUCCUAUUGUAUUCCGGGGACCUAAUGGGUCUCCUGGAGCUGUGGGAGCUCAGCACUCCCAAUGCUUCGCUGCUUGGUAUAUGAGUGUCCCCGGACUUGUUGUGCUCUCCCCAUAUGACAGUGAAGAUGCCAGGGGUCUUCUAAAGGCAGCUGUUCGAAGUCCCGACCCAGUCAUAUUCCUCGAGACUGAGGCUCUUUAUUCCAAAUCGUUUCCGGUAUCCGAAGAGGCGCUCUCGGAUGACUUCACUUUGCCCAUUGGAAAGGCCAAGAUUGUCCGACAAGGCAAUUCGGUGACGAUUGUGAGUUUGGAGAGAGGAGUUGAUGUUGCGUUGGAAGCAGCCAAUGAAUUGAAGGACAAGUUUGGGGUGGAGUGCGAGGUUGGACUGGUAUUUCAUUAUUCGAGGUUAUUAAUCUGCGCUCAUUGA